UAGAACAACUGAGUAGAUCUAAACAACCAAUUGAAAAUCGAAGAUUUACUAUUAGAACUGAUUGCAUCCCUGAAUUCGAUCCGGAGAAUGAAAAUAUUUCGGCAGCUAAAUGGUUGGAAAAGAUUGAUCAGCUGAGAAUGAUUAAUGAUUGGGAUGAUAUGACAACUAUGUAUCAUAUGCAAUCGAAACUGAGUGGAAUGGCCAGAACAUGGUAUCAUAAUUUAAGUUCGGUUGAUUACACUUGGGACGAGUGGAAGAGGCAAAUAAUGAAGACAUUUCCAGAUCAUGUUGAUUAUUCUAAGUCAUUGAGACGAAUGCUCGAGAGACAGAAGAGGAAGAAUGAAACGAUGACUUCCUACUAUUUCGGAAAGAUGGAACUUCUCCGAACAUGCCAGAUAACAGGUAAAAAUGCUGUUUCCUGUUUGAUCGACGGGAUACCCGAUAUCACCAUUCAGAAUGCCGCAAGAGCAGGACGUUACGUCGUACCAGAAGCAUUAUUUGAGGAAUAUUUGUCCAUGUUACGGGAUGAACAUUCAUACGAGGAGGAAUGUGUUCGAGUUCUGAGUUUGGAGAAUCUGCCUCAACGAUCGGAGUUACGUAAUUCGGUCAACCCUAAACGUUACUCAUCUUCUCAUAAAAAAUUAGAAUUGACCAACGUUACGUGCUUCAAUUGCAAGAAGAAAGGGCAUUUCCAAUCAAAGUGUAUUAUGCCACGCAGGGAGUGUGCCAGAUGCCAUUUGCUGGAACACGAUGCUGACAAUUGCACUAUUGGUUUUGGUAAGUCAAAAGAUAGCAACAAGAAAGGUGAGCGAAUGUUAGUAUUAGACUCUGUAGCUGACCAAAAUCUUACCACUUGUUAUUUUAUUGAUUGUGUUAUAAAUGGUCAUCCAUUGCGAGGAUACGUUGAUUCUGGAUGUUCUGUGGUAACUUUGAGACAGUCUGUAGUAGAUAACCUCAAGUUGGAAACGUAUACUACAAAUGUAAGACUUUGUGGUUAUGCAGGUGGCUCAGUAGUAGCUACUUCUAAAGUAACGUUGAAAUUAGAUGUAGACCUGGCGUCUGCUACUGUAGAAGCAAUUGUUGUACCCGAUUAUGUUCAGAAUGUGUCAGUUUUGGUGGGUCAACCUUUUAUAAACAAUGAAAACGUGACAAUGGUUGUUAGGGGAAAUCAGGUCCGCUUGUUCAAUAAGAAUAUCUUUACGUUUGAUAAUAUUAUCGAUUCACCUAAAAGGAAAAUAAAUCUCUAUGUAUCUGAAAAAUCUGUUAUAUCUGCAAAAUUACAUAGGGCAAGUCGAGGUUUAUAG